AUGACUUCAAAGUGUGCUCUAGGUGACAGUGUCCAUCUUUGUCUCUUGAAAGAUGUGGACAAUCGUGGCCAGAGCUACGAUAUCUCCGAUUCACAAUAUCGUCGCUUUCGACCAGGGCUUGGUCAAUUGACUGCAUUGGCGUUCGGCUAUUUACUCAUCGCUCGACUCGUUGGCCGUCAUUCGCGGAACCGUAUCAAAUUUCAAACUCGUGCAGCUGCUUUGAUCCUCCUUGCACUACAUGGUACAUCGGUCUUCAAGAUUCUCAUUAUCAUCACUGCCAAUUAUCAUCCGGCUCGUCGUGCACCAUCACCUUUGAUUUGGGUCUUUAAUGUCGGGGUAUUGUUUGCGAAUGAUUAUUGGGACGGUUAUCGGUACCGGCACUUUUUGCCCUUUUUGUCUUUCCUGCGGCAGCAAAGGCCAAACAAACUGCCAGUACCGACACUUCUACCGCACCCAAUACAACAUUGGCAUCGGAGUUAUAGCUUAUGGAUUGUCAGCGUCUUUGUGAUUCCUGAAGUAUUAGCUAAAAAAGUUUUUUCAGGUUCUAUUCACGAGAAGAAAUGGUAUUUUAGACAUUUGUCUGCUAUUGGUGGAACAUUGAAUGUUUUGAGUAUGAUGUCUGCCAAUCUUGUUGGAUUUGUUAUCGGAUUGGAUGGGGUUGAAGUUAUGUGGUCUCAACCCCUUGGACCUUGGUCUGGUACGAUAUUAGUUCAAACAAAGGCCUCACACCCAAAGAAGGAAACUAAUGGGAAAGUUGUUUUUUUAGGAUUUUUGACCCUUUUGACUACUUUUGGUGCAUUAUUUUGUGCGGUACAAAUGAUGAUGGAGAAUAGGGAGGAAGAAAGACGAGAAGGGAUUUGGAGAAAGUGCCAUUGA